AUAGACUAUGAACAUGCAAUCAACAAAUUUCGUCAAAAGACUUCAGAGCUUAAAGAAAGAGUUCAAAAUUUGGAGGAUGAUUUGUCUACAAUGAGGGCUUUUGAUGAUGAAAAGGCUAGAGCUGCUGGUGCUGAAAUUUCUUUAAUGGCGAAUGUUAAAAGGGAUUUUUCUGAGUUGGUCGAGGCUCAAUUGAAUUCUAUCGAAUUGGAAUCGGCAAAAAGAAAUGUUUCUUAUUUGCGAAGUUUUAUUCCGGACAAGUUUAUGAAGGCUGGAGGUGACAACGAUUGUUUAAUUCUUUGUGUUCUUCUACCUCGUCUUUCUUCCAAAGCACUUUGCCUGUCCCAACUUUUGUUUCAAAAAUAUCCACAACCACCUGAUGGACUUAAACGUGAACAUGUUACAAUUUCACAUAAAGGGGAACAAUGGGCACAUGUUAGGCAUUUUGGUUAUCAAUUACAAAAGUUAAAUACUGUUUUACAAAAAUUUGUUGCUGUUUUCAAACAUUGUUCAUUUAAUGAUCGUCUUUCUGACCCUCUAUCUCGUCUUGCUGUACAACAAACAGAAAUUUGCCAAAGAGAACAAAAAUUGGAGGAUUACUUUAAAUUAUUAAAACAAAAUAAAUUUGACGAAAAUACUUCAAUUGAAGUGCUUGAACAAAUGGUUAAAUAUUUUGAGCGAAUUUUUUCUGCCAAUCUAAGCACAGAACCAUUUAGUGCCAAACAAGACUUGCAACACACUCUUGCUCAAAUUAAGAAGGCUUUGAUCUGGAUUAGAUUUAAUGGACAGCGUCUUCAAUAUUUCUUUUCGGAUUCAUCUACUACUUCCGACUCUCAAUCAUCGCCAACUUCAUUGACUUCCUCUUCCUUAAUGACCAAAAGUUCCAUUAAUAAUAAUGGAAAUGGGGGGACUGACAAUGUUGAAUUUAUUUCUUUUGUUGAUCAAGUUAACCAAUUAUUGGAAGAUUGUGAUAAAAUGACAAUGAGGGCAAUGAACAGAAUUCCGAAAGAAAAUGAGCUUUUAUUGCCUAAUGAGUUGAAUGAUCAAAUUUGUAUGGCUGUUGCUACUCUCGAAAAGUGUGGUUGUAUUAUAAAUCAAAUUUGCUCAAUGGCAACAUCUGAAUUGGGCACUGUAGACACUGAAGCAUUACCGUCCCAACAAAUGCUUGAUUUUGUAUUUUCUUCUGUUGAAAAAUUUGUUGGGCAAAUUGAUGGACAAAAAAGAGCUUGUGCACAAAUUUUUGAAUUAUUGGAAUCCGUCAAAGCAGUUUUACAAGGCCUUGGUGAAUCAUUAGAGAAUUCUUCAAUGGAAAUUUGUCCAAAUGAAAAUUCUAAUCAAUUUUUGAAUAAUGAUGUUUUUCCUCCACUUGUUAAUCGUGCUCAGUUGCGUAAAAAAGAUAUUGUUGAGGCUGAUAGUUUAAGAUGGCAGCUUUCAAAAAAAGAUGAUGAACUUUUAAAAUUACAAUCUACACUUAAAAGUAGAGAAGAAUCGGCCAGCAUGAUUAAAAUUCGUCUUGAUAUGGCAGAAAAGAAACUUUCAGAAAAUGAGGCCGGAACUGCUUUAAAGGCUGAAAUUCAACAACUUAAAACAAAAUGUGAACAAUUAAGUAAUGAUUUGGAGCAAAAGAAGAGUGAUUAUGAACUUAAAUUGACUCAACUUCAAUCUGAAUUGGCUGAUACACGAGCGGAACGAGAAAAAGCUCAUGAAAUGACAAGAGAAUUCUCUAAGAAGGCCCUUUUUGCGGUGAUCUCUUUUAAUAAUUUAAAGAAUCAGCAACAAACUACCUCAACUCCAAAACAACAACAAAAAAUCGCGAUAGCGGAUGACCAAAAUCUAAGUGUUAUGGAAGAAAAUUUAAGAACUCCGCUGACUUCUACAUCUUUAGCAAUAAAUAAUAAUAAUACUUUGGGCAGGAUGAAUGAAGAAAUUCGACGACUUAAUGCCUUGGAGAAGAAAAAAUCACUUACGAACGAGCCAUAUGUUUGUUCAAUUUGUGAUCAGAAAAACAACGAGCAACAAGAAUUGCAAAAUUUAUUGAAAGAAUCAGAGACUUUAAUGACUGAAUAUAAUCGUUUAUUGUUGCCUUCAAAUGCAAAUCCUACUUCAAUGGCUACUUAUUUUAAGUCAAAAGAAAAUAUGGAAUUCAAAAUUGAAAGUCUUCGUGUUCGUGUUGUUCAAUUUUGGCAGAAAUAUAGACCUUCAGAACCUCAGCCGACUAUACUUUGGCCUUUGCCGGAUAAGAUUAGACAGACGUGCGAUUUCAACAAUCAAAAUUCAGUUUUGGAAGAGUGGGAUAAACUGCUUACUCAACAGGAGGAAGCAUUUAAAGAAAAUGUGAAAAAAUUUAAAUUUCUUAAAUUUUAA